AUGCACGCCGGGCACUAGGAAGACCUCCAGAAGCUCCCCGCGCAGCGCGGCGGUGUUUUGCGGCCUGUGCGAGUCGGCGCUUUGGGACCAUUCUCCCGGAUAGCGGCGCGCAGAAACCUCGAACCGGUGGAGCCCACUCGUAACCUGGAUCCCGGAAGACUGCGAAGACAGUGCCGUUUCCUGAGCGGCGGACUGCUGCAGUAAGAAUGUCUUUUCCCCCUCAUUUGAAUCGCCCUCCAAUGGGAAUCCCAGCACUCCCACCAGGGAUCCCACCCCCACAGUUUCCUGGCUUUCCACCACCCGUGCCUCCAGGGACCCCAAUGAUUCCUGUACCGAUGAGCAUUAUGGCUCCUGCUCCAACUGUCUUAGUACCCACCGUGUCCAUGGUUGGAAAGCAUUUGGGAGCAAGAAAGGAUCAUCCAGGCUUGAAGGCUAAAGAGAAUGAUGAAAACUGUGGUCCCACCACUACAGUUUUUGUUGGCAACAUUUCUGAGAAAGCCUCAGACAUGCUUAUAAGACAGCUCCUUGCUAAAUGUGGCCUAGUUUUGAGCUGGAAGAGAGUACAAGGUGCAUCUGGAAAACUUCAAGCCUUUGGAUUCUGUGAGUAUAAGGAACCAGAGUCUACGCUCCGUGCACUCAGGUUAUUGCAUGACCUGCAGAUUGGAGAGAAGAAGCUACUUGUUAAAGUUGAUGCAAAGACAAAGGCACAGCUAGAUGAAUGGAAAGCAAAGAAGAAAGCUUCUAAUGGGAAUGCCAGGCCAGAAACUGUCACUAAUGAUGACGAAGAAGCCUUAGAUGAAGAAACAAAGAGAAGAGAUCAGAUGAUCAAAGGGGCCAUUGAAGUUUUAAUACGGGAAUACUCCAGUGAGCUCAAUGCCCCCUCACAAGAAUCUGACUCUCACCCCAGGAAGAAGAAGAAGGAAAAGAAGGAGGACAUCUUUCGCAGAUUUCCCGUGGCCCCACUGAUCCCUUAUCCACUCAUCACUAAGGAGGAUAUAAAUGCUAUAGAAAUGGAAGAAGACAAGAGAGACCUGAUAUCUCGAGAGAUCAGCAAAUUCAGAGACACACACAAGAAACUGGAAGAAGAGAAAGGCAAAAAGGAAAAAGAAAGACAGGAAAUUGAGAAAGAACGGAGAGAAAGAGAGAGGGAGCGUGAAAGGGAACGAGAAAGGCGAGAACGGGAACGAGAAAGGGAAAGAGAACGUGAACGAGAAAAGGAGAAGGAACGGGAGCGGGAACGAGAACGGGAUAGGGAUCGUGACCGGACGAAAGAGAGAGAUCGAGACCGCGAUCGAGAGCGAGAUCGGGACCGCGAUCGAGAAAGGAGCUCAGAUCGGAAUAAGGAUCGAAGUCGAUCAAGAGAAAAGAGCAGAGAUCGCGAAAGGGAACGGGAGAGGGAAAGAGAAAGAGAGAGAGAACGGGAACGAGAGCGGGAGCGUGAGCGAGAGAGAGAGAGAGAAAGGGAACGGGAGCGUGAGCGAGAGAAAGACAAGAAGCGAGAUCGAGAAGAAGACGAAGAAGAUGCAUAUGAACGAAGAAAACUUGAAAGAAAGCUCCGAGAGAAGGAGGCUGCCUAUCAAGAGCGCCUUAAGAAUUGGGAAAUCAGAGAACGAAAGAAAACCCGGGAGUAUGAAAAAGAGGCUGAAAGAGAAGAAGAAAGAAGAAGAGAAAUGGCAAAAGAAGCUAAACGACUAAAAGAAUUCUUAGAAGACUAUGAUGACGAUAGAGAUGAUCCCAAAUAUUACAGAGGAAGUGCUCUUCAGAAAAGAUUGCGUGAUAGGGAAAAGGAAAUGGAAGCAGAUGAACGGGAUAGGAAGAGAGAGAAGGAAGAGCUGGAGGAAAUCAGGCAGCGCCUUCUGGCAGAAGGGCACCCGGAUCCAGAUGCGGAGCUCCAGCGGAUGGAACAAGAGGCUGAGAGGCGCAGACAACCACAGAUAAAGCAAGAACCAGAAUCUGAGGAAGAGGAAGAAGAAAAGCAAGAAAAAGAAGAAAAACGUGAGGAACCCAUGGAAGAAGAAGAGGAGCCAGAGCAAAAACCUUGUCUCAAACCAACUCUGAGGCCCAUCAGCUCUGCCCCAUCUGUCUCCUCUGCCAGUGGCAAUGCAACUCCCAACACUCCUGGGGAUGAGUCUCCCUGUGGUAUUAUUAUUCCUCACGAAAAUUCGCCAGAUCAACAACAACCUGAAGAGCAUAGGCCAAAAAUAGGACUAAGUCUUAAACUGGGUGCUUCCAAUAGUCCUGGUCAACCUAAUUCUGUGAAAAGAAAGAAGCUCCCGGUAGAUAGUGUCUUUAACAAAUUUGAGGAUGAAGACAGUGAUGAUGUACCCCGGAAGAGGAAACUGGUUCCCUUGGAUUAUGGUGAAGAUGAUAAGAAUGCUGCCAAAGGCACUGUAAACACGGAAGAAAAGCGCAAGCACAUUAAAAGUCUCAUUGAGAAAAUCCCCACAGCCAAGCCGGAGCUGUUUGCCUAUCCCCUGGAUUGGUCUAUUGUGGAUUCUAUAUUGAUGGAACGACGAAUUAGACCAUGGAUUAAUAAAAAAAUCAUAGAAUACAUAGGUGAAGAAGAAGCUACGUUAGUUGAUUUUGUUUGUUCUAAGGUUAUGGCUCAUAGUUCACCUCAGAGCAUUUUAGAUGAUGUUGCCAUGGUACUUGAUGAAGAAGCAGAAGUUUUUAUAGUCAAGAUGUGGAGAUUAUUGAUAUAUGAAACAGAAGCCAAGAAAAUUGGUCUUGUGAAGUAAAACUCUUUGACAUUAAGAGUUCCAUUUCAGAUUUCUUCUUUCCCAUCCUUCAAAGGACUUUAAUUUGUUUUUUGUCUUCAAAGACAUUUGUGAGAUCUGUAAUUUUUUUUUUUUUUUAAUGUAGAAAAUGUGAAUUUUUUUGUCCUCUAAUUUGUUGAUGCCGUGUGUACUCCCUUGGUUGUAAAGACAUCUGAAUCCUACCAUGGUUCUCUUUAUACUCACCAGGUACAAAUUACUGGUAUGUUUUAUAAGCCGCAGCUACUGUACACAGCCUAUCUGAUAUAAUCUUGUUCUGCUGAUUUGUUCCUUGUAAAUAUUAAAAUGACUCCCCAAUUCUUAUGCAGAAUUGCACUUAAUAUUGAACUGUACUGUACAGGCACCAACAUGAAUGAUUUUAAAUUGAAAAAAUAACCAGUCAUACCUAUUACCCUUACCUCCUUGAUCAAAAAUGGCAGGCCCUCAUGAUGGCAUGAAAUUUAGAGUGUGAAAAUUAGCAGACAAUCCAUUCCUACUGUAUCUCUGUAUGAAUGUGUUUGUGUGAGUGUAUGUAUAAAAGUCUUACUUUUUCCUAGUUUGCUUUGGAAAUUUCCCUUAAACAUUUCCUAAUUCAAGAAUAGAAUUGUAAAGGAAACAUGGUAUUGUGCCAAUCCAGAUGUCUGGGAUAAUUAGGUUAUUAGUCUCCCAGAGCAUGGUAUUCUCUUAUGGCAAGCAACAGUCUAUUGAAUGAAAUGGGUUUUUCUGUUGAUAGCUGGCUGUGUCAGCCUCUCCUUAAGGGAGUGUGAAUCAUAGUGGUUUUCCCCCCUGAUUUCAUUGUUCAGAAAUGAGGCAGAUCCUUAGAAUCUGGAGAGCUUUAUUUUAUGCAUUUUUUUGCACUUCAUUGAUCCUUAGUUUAAUUUUGAUGUACCCCUUUGUUUUAAAAAAGAAAGCUUCAUUCAGAAAGCAUAAAUGAAAAAAAAUCUUUAAAAAAAUUAUCAAAAGAUAAAAUCAGGCAAUUUUACAGGCUAGAAAACAUUUAACAAAAUACUAUAGCAGUUUAGCAUGGCAGUUUACAAAGUUUCCAUCUAAUUUCUAAGGAUAAAGGAAGUCGUUUAAAGCAGUUACCACUCAUUUGUGUUUGUCAGGGGUUUAUAUCUUGUGUGUGUAUAUGCAGGCACACACCUUGUUUACUUCUGCUUAUCAACGUUCAAAACUGUACUAAUUGUGUUCUUAGAGAUAUACAUGAGGCUUUCUUUAUUAUGGAUCAGGACUUCACCAGGGAGCAAAAUUACCCCAAAAUGUACCAAGUUUUAAACAGUUCUUAACAGAAAUUAGGUGCAGCUAUUCCCAUGUCUGAGUAUUUAUUUUUAAAAAAGAUUGAGGGGGUGUGUUAAACCAUAAAAAGCAUAACUGAACUUGAAUUACAGGAUUUUUUUUACAUCUUAAGAGGACAUUUGAAAACACUGUUCUUAACACUGAGCCAUGAUGUGCAUGGCUCCAUUAUGUAAAUAUAUCAGAUAUUAAAAAUGUAUAUAUUUGAUCUUGGGGACUCAUUCUUUCAGAGUCUUGUUAAAUAAAUGGCAUCAUGUUGUAAUUA